CGCUGCCAAGCGUACACAGCGCAAUGUCCAUUCCCCAUCCAACCAGUGGCAGACUUAACACGUACAUCCAGACUUCUCUUCAUCCACCGUACACCAGCUCAAAGUUUUCUUUAAUAUCGUCAGGGCUAUCCUGGUACGGCUUUCUCCGAUUGACAGUCCGUUAGUGACGUAAGAGAUGACGUCAAACCAACCACCACCACCAGCGGCCUAUGUAUAUGGCAUGCCCGAGCCCAACCAAUCAUGCCAAUCGUACCACACAGCUUAUCUGACCAAAAUUAAGCGAACAGCCAUCUUGCAACUGAUAGGAGGAUGUCUUCUUGUUGUCUUCGGAAUAGUAGCUAUCAUCCUCAUGGCCCGUUGGUCCUAUUUUGCUACGGCUAUUUGGAGUGGAAUUGUGGUUUUUGGAACAACUGGAGUGAUAGGAAUAUCUGCAGCUUCCAACGGCUACAAGUGUUUGGUACGGACCUACAUGGCUCUGUCUAUUGUUGGCUGCGUGAUGGGGUUCGCUCUGUUUGAAAUGCACAUCUUCGCCGCCAUCUGGGAAUUACAAACAUAUUCCUAUUAUGAUUGGUAUUCGUACUGCCAGCCGGGGAAGUAUUGGUCCGUGAUCCCAAAUUGUGCCAAAUCAGUGGCCGCAAGACAGACAUUUGACGCUCUGAUCUGCAUCACCGGUUUCUUCCUCUUUAUUCUCUGCAUCGUCUCCGCUUCUUUCGGAUGCUGCGCUUCGUGCCGAGGAUGUGGACCGUGCUGUAGGAAGUGUUGCCGAGAUGGCGGCGGUUGUAGUGCUUGUUGCAGUCCUCCGCCGCCACCGGUCACGGCUGUCUUCCAACCCCAGGGGAAUGCUUUUACUACUACACCUGGUCAUCAACAAGCUGGACUGUACAUCGUACAGCAGGGUCCUCCUCCCGUCAUGCAACAGGGACCGCCUACCGUCAUACAGUAUCCAAACGUUGUUCUUCAACCACCUCCAACCACCAAUCAGGGACAGGGAUUCUACGUGGUACCGCCUCCAACCUCCGGAGCUCCGCCCCCAACCCAUCCAAUGCCCAAUCAGAUGGAUCCUCAGCAACCUAACCCUGCUGGUCCUCCCACCUACGUCUACAGCCAGCCGAUCACCCCUGUCGAAUACCCAGCGAAGGCAUAGAAAAUAGUAUAUUCCUCUCUCUCCUCAUCCCUCAUGUAUUCCUCUCCAACUCUUCUCUCUCUCUCCUCUCCUCUCCCCCUCCCCUUUUCUCUCCUCCCCUUCUCUCCAAUAUGCUUUCUUUUCCUUUCCUCUCUUCCCUUCUCCUCCCUCCCCUCGUCUAGUCUCAUCCCUUCUCCUCGUCUAGUCUUCUCCCCUCUCCUCUCCCCCUCCCCUUUUCUCUCCUCUCCUCCCCUUCUCUCCUCUCCUCCCCUUCUCUCCAAUAUGCUUUCUUUUCAUUUCCUCUCUUCCCUUCUCCUCCCUCCCCUCGUCUAGUCUCAUCCCCUCUCCUCGUCUAGUCUUCUCCCCUCUCCUCUCCUCUCUCCUCAUCUCCUCUUUUCCUCUACUCCCCUCCCCUCUACUCUCCUCCUCUCCUCUUUUCCUCUCCUCCCCUCCCCUCUACUCUCCUCUCCUCCCCUCUCCUCCCUCCCCUCUCCUCUCCUCUCCUCUCCUCCCCUCUCAUCUUCCAUAUCCUCUUUUAGCUCUACCCCCCCCCCCCCUUACCAACGACUCCCGGCCCUCUUACCCAUCAGUUAGCCACACUGGCAUACAGAUAUGAAUGUGCAACGGUGCCGUUUUAAUGAAAUGAUUUUAUAUUUUAUUAUAAUAACUUUGCUUUCCAGGUAUAGAUGCAGCUAAAACCUUUUGUAUGUAUUAAAAAAUUCAUAUUUCAUUGUCAUAGAUGACUACAUGUUUCAUUCAACAAACGAUUAGAUAGAAGCAUGGGCCGAAAUCUGUCCCCAAAGGUAGGGGGACCAGGGCCUGGAAACUUUGACAAGCAAAAAAAAAUGGUUUUCACCGAAAAAUGAUAGGUCAAAAAUAUCAAAAUACAUGUAUUAUUAUUGUGAAGUGAUGUGUAUUUUUCUUCAUAAUAAAAGACCAAAAAUAGUAGGGGGGAAUUUGAUAUUGGGUCCCCCUACUAUUUUUGGUAGGGGGACACGCCCCCCCCCCCUGUGAACUCCGCCCAUGGAUAGAAGGCAGGGGACGUGCAGUUACCAAAAUCUUGAACAUAGUUACGGCAUAUUUUUGGUAAAUCCCCUUUUUGGGGUAAUUUACCCAAAUGUGACGUAACAUGGUCUUGCCUGCAUUAUGUAAUUCAACACGUAUAGAGACGGCAGACUAGUGUUUGUUCAUACCACUGCCACAUUUCCUCUACGGCUGUUUUCGACUCGCCGUACGGCGGCCUAAGGGUAAAUGUGACUGAGGUAUUGGUGACAGUAAAAUGUAGUAACAUUUUGUAACCUUUUUGUUUAUUAAGCAUUCGCCCGGGGGCGAUUUUAUCCCCAUCAGUAUUUGUGCACCCGACGCGAGAGGGCAGUAUACCGCAGCCGGAACUAGUGUUCCUAAUACAGGAACACUAGCCGCAACUUUUCAUGAAUAAGUCUAUGGGAGUGACGAUAUAACAGGUUUAUUUAUUCAGACUACGCCUCAUGAAUAUUCACGACGACAUGAAACGUCAGGAUAUAGUAGCGUAAUUUUCGAUCAAUCGAACACUUCGAUUGGUGUUGCUCAAUCAGUACGCCAAUCCUACAAUCGAGUUCAUGGACGCCGACUCGAGUCUCGCCUAGAACGACAUUUC